AUGAGAAGGAGCAAUUGGAGUGUUCAUACUGUGAAGGUACGAAGAAAGACGAGAGACUCGGCGAGAGAUGAGGGAAGGAAUUGGUACAAGGUCGAACCUGUCAAGCCUGUGUUAUUUUGGACAGCAACCAAUCCCAAAAGUUACGUAUCUGGCUUUGGCUCCUUUGGCUGCUUGGAAAACCUCGUUUCCCCUGCCAAGAAACGCCAGGGCAGCGCCGCCAACGCCGCCAACGGUGCGGCCUUGGAAAGCCGUGGGAACUUUUUGGAAUGGGAUUGCGAGCUUAUCCCAAAAGAGUGUGGUGGUACCACGACAUGGGACGUCACGUCGGCAGUGACAAUUGGUCGCGUUGGACAUGAACUGAUGGCACCAAGACUCGAAUGGCACUGUCAGCCUGGCACACUGAGCAGCGUGAGCACUGAUGAACAGCGUCGAUAG